AUCAUAUGUUUUCGUGUGUAUGUGCUAAGGAAUAUUUUUGUAAAUAUAUGAGUUAUAUUACUUUUGAACAAGAGUACCAAGAAGCAAAGAAGGGUAAAGUGUGUAGAUUAGUUCUGGAAAAAGCAUUUGGAAAGGUAGGCUCUUAUGAAACUAGAUUUGACCACGAAAGCCUGGCGAUUCAUCUUUAAAGCCUGCUGGACUUAUCUUUAAAGCCUAAAGCCUGCCGAUUCAUCUUUAAACCCUGCUUCACUCAUCUUUCAAGCCUAUAGCCUGCUGAUUCAUCUUUAAGGCCUGUUUUGAAGGGACAUGAGCUAUUUUAGCUAUGUCGGUAAAUUGUUUUCAAACGUCAAGGGAUUUUACCAGGAGAUUAAUGCGGCAACGCUUACGGGCGCGAUCGAUACACUGAUUGUGGAACAGGAAAAUGGGUCGUACAAGUCGUCACCGUUUCAUGUACGAUUCGGAAAGUUGGGGGUCCUCCGCUCCAGAGAGAAAGUGGUGGACAUUGAGGUGAAUGGGGAGACUAUCGAUGUUCAGAUGAAACUCGGGGAUACGGGGGAGGCCUUCUUCGUUGAGGAGCUUGAGGAUGACACUGAGGAACUCCCAGAAUACCUUGCGACCUCCCCUUUCCCCUCCGACUCUGACCUUAUGGAGCAAGGGGUCAGGCAGCUGAAAGAGCAAGCAGCCAUGAUAAAGACACAGACUGGGGUUGAAGGUCAGGGUUUGGAGGUCACGACAUUCACAGAGGUCAAGGUCACAGAGAAUCAAGUAAAUAUCCAGGUCGAUAUUGAAGCUGUUGGGAACGACAGUGGUAUCAAUGUAACAGUAAGCUCCGAUUCCAAUAAAGGGGUUGGGGUGAUAGGCAGAGAGCAUUUAGAUUCUGUGAGGAGUGAGCAUUCCAGAGAUGCUGAUGUUGACAUCAGGGUCGAAAAUGAACAAGGCGAGCUGGUGAAGGGUAGAAGAAAAAGGCGAAGAAAACGGAGAAAUAAGUUGAAUAGCAACAAACAAGAAACUUCCACUAGCAACGCACCCCCUCAUGUUGAAGAUGACUUUGAGAAUGAAGAAAUAUUCGAUAUGGAGGGAUUCUCCACUGAUGAAGAGCUCAGUCGUCUGACCUCGAACAUGUCGAGCGGGUCUUUGUCCAAGUCGAUUAGUCUGCCUGUGGUUGAGGAAAACAAGUUUGAUCGUACGCAUGAGUGGGCGAGCGCUCACGAGGGCUUCCAGUAUCUGAACAAUCACCCCUUCAGUGACACUGAUCUGUCUCCUUUAGCUAGUCCCAUAAAUUCACGUCCCCACACACCGAAGUCAGAUACCGAGGUUGAUCGACAAAAAUCAUUGGAACAACAAGAUCGAUUAAUCGUGGGAGCAGAAGAUGACACACUGUGGGAGUGGGGGGAUAUGCCGCGGAAAACUUCACCGACGAUCAAUGAGGAGGAUUCGGAACUGUCCCCCAGGACGGCCGGUAGGGGCCUUAAGAAUGAUAAGAACAAACAGUCAGGGGGCCUGUUCCACUUUAUGCGUAAGACCAAAAAUGUCCGUCACAAACCUGAGGCCGAGGGAAUUUACCUAGACGAUCUCAACUUGAACAAUAUGGAUGAGGAGACGGCUAAACUGUAUUUUCCUAAGAGGUUCUCUAACUCCCACUUCAAAUCCAUUGAAAAGGAGAAAGACGAGGAUGUUGAGUCGGGUCGAGGAGCCUCUCUCCCACAGUCCCCCCACUCUGUAGAGGGUGCAGUCGGAGGCCCUGCAGGCAACCACAUCUUACCCUCCGAGAUUCGCUCCCUCGGACCCUAUUCCCUGUCCCUCUGUGGGGGCCUCGCAGAUCACGAGCCAAUGUCUCUGACCAAGUUCAUGUCAAAGAUCGUAACGUUCGAGGAUCUGUGCGAUAAUCCGGCUAUGUUGAGUUACCCAGAUCUCGUUGUGAAGAUCGAAGAUCAAUAUUAUAACUGGCAAACCGCUGCACCGCUCAUAAUGGCAAAGAUCGUCUUCCAGAAAAAUAUGCCGGAUGCACCAUUGAAGUCUCUAGUCAUCCAGCAUAUGCCAAAGAAGAAGGAAAAAAAGGGCUACUCUUGGUUUUCCUGGAGUCGCCCAAAGACAGAGCCCGUUACCUCAGCGAGCCACUCAUCCAGCAGUAUUACCAUGACAUCCAUUGAGGCAGACGUGUUGGAGCAUAAGCCAAUUAUGUCUCAGGCACAAAUGGGGGAGCCAGCCAGUUUGGUCGGAGACACACUGACAUCGAGCCCAAAAUCCAGUGUCACGGAGAGUCCGAAAAAAAUGAAGGAUAUAGACAGGUUGACAGUGAUUGGUUGCGACCAUUCCUCCAGUGAGGGCGAUACGGAGGGGUCCGACCGUACCAAUGAACCGAAAAAAAACAAGCGACUCACCAGGAAAAAGAUUUACAGGAGAACACUAAGGCUGUCAUCAGACCAGAUUCGACAGUUGAAUUUGAAGCCGGGUCAGAAUGAGGUGACGUACUCGGUGACGACGCAGUUCCAGGGGACAAAGCGAUGUACAUCCAAUAUCUACCUGUGGAGAUGGGAUGAUAAACUCAUUGUUUCAGACAUUGAUGGAACCAUAACCAAGUCAGACGUAUUAGGUCAGAUCUUACCAGUAGUUGGACGUGACUGGUCGCAAUCAGGCGUGGCCCAGCUUUACAGCCGGAUAGCGGGAAACGGCUACAAGUUUCUCUACCUCUCUGCGCGUGCCAUCGGCCAAUCAAAACUCACCAAGGAUCUCCUACAGAACAUUAAGCAAGGGGAGAUGACUUUACCCCCAGGACCUUUGCUCCUCUCUCCAACGUCGCUAAUAAGUGCUUUUCACAAAGAGGUGAUUGAGAGGAAGCCAGAAGAGUUCAAGAUCAGCUGCCUGUCUGACAUUGGGUCACUGUUCCCAGCUAACACACGCCCCUUCUAUGCAGGGUUCGGCAAUAAAGUUAAUGACGUGAUAGCAUAUAAGGAGAUAAAGAUUCCUAUAUUCCGAAUCUUCACCAUCAAUCCCUCUGGCGAGCUGAAACAUGAGCUCUCCCUCACCUUCCAAACCUCGUACACAAAGUUGACAGACGUUGCUGACCAUUUCUUCCCACCAAUCCACAAAUUGCCGGGGAAUAGAGCCAGUGAAUAUAACGAAGUAAACUACUGGCGGGAACCUCUUCCUGAAUUAUCACCAAUUGAGGCAGAUAUAGUCACCAUCGGGGACGAGACUCGGAUGCCAACAACAGAAACCGCGGCAACUCAUAGCUGACGGUUUUCAUCCAUGAUCACACGGCAGCAGAACCUGAAGGAAAAAUCUCGCGUACGACACUUCAGCACCCCAGCUGAUAUCGGCAGUUCCAAAAAUAUGUCUUCGUUGCCAUCUGCAACAACUUCCAAACAUUCCAAGUCAGACAGACAUCAUCAAUUCGCUGGUCAUCUUCUACCCAGUGAAAACAGUAUCGAUGUUUACGAUGACUUUGAUAGCGAAUUUUCUGAUGAUUUUGAAGAUUUGGGUAUGGCUGGGAACCUUUCUACAAACAAAACCAAAAAGAAGUCUAUCUGGUUAAUGCCUUUUUCAGUUAAUAAUCUAUUUGCUUGAUAUAUUCAAGUUUGAAUUUCAAUUGAGGGUUAAAAAAAAGGUCAAGAAUCAGUAUUUUUAUAAUUCAGGUGCAUUUUCCUUUGAGUUCUUAAAGUACAUGUAAGUAAUGUUUAAAACUCAAAUAUUUGUUUUAUUUUCUGAAAGUGCUGUACAUUUGUGCUGAAAUUAAUUUCGUUUAUAACCCCAUGGAUAACUUUAAUAUAACUUCCUUUAAAUAGUAUAUACCUAUUUAUUUAAAUUUUACCGAAUUUUACUUUCAAGAUGUUGUGAACUUUGUCUUUCAACAUUUCAUUGUUCAUGAGAAAGAUGCCACCAAUGUGAAUAAGGGAUUCUAGCUUGGCAUAUGAAAAUCUAGUCCUAUGGUCUUUCCGAAUAGGUACCUUAAAAUGUGAAAAAUACCGUAGCUUCAUAAAAGACCACAUUAAAGUUAAGUCUCAGUGACUUUUUUUGAAAAUGAUUUUACUGCCUGUGCCUUCUCAUUUGGUAAAAUAAGAGCGUGGUUUAUUCACUUAUAAAUGAUUUUAUUUUCCCCUUCAGCUGAUUGUUGUAUGGGAUUUUUCUAACACCCUGCCUCCUUUGCAUUUUCCAGAUUUUUUUUAAAUUUGGGAGAAUUUAUGGACGAUUUUUUUGCCAGGGGAAACGGCUGAUAUUUGGCAGUAAAAUUAACCCAAAAAUUAUCACUGAGUGGUUAUACUUUUAAAUUGAAACUUAACUGUCUAAACCAUUUGUACAGAUAGUUAAGUUUUUACCUAAGAUCAGAUAUUGUCAGAUGAGACUUAGAUAUGUUUUAAGUUGUUGAAGCUUUAAGAUACGGAUUUUGUUAAGUUUGAUUUCUUUUAACAAUUUUGUGAUACUAGAUGGCAUACAAUGUCAGGAAUGAUUGUAAAGAACAGGCAUUAGAAAUGUUAUGGGUAUUGUUGUGAUGGUAUGGAAAGCAUACAUGUUUUAAAAUGCUUUGAGCACUGUUGUAGAAAGUUCUGUGACAAGCACAGUUGGAUUACAUUUGUUUGAUGAUGUUUCAAGUCAGUCCCUCACUGAAGGUAUGUUAAAUGUUAGCCUUUCUUACGGUAAUUAUGACCAAAGCUUCGCUUAGAUGUACUGAAACCUUUGUAAGAAUGAUUUCUAUGUGCUUAUCAAGCUUUGGACUGUGUACAUCUACAGUUGCCAACAUGUGUAUCUCGUUUUAUUUAAGGCUGAAAUGUAUUUACUGCUAUGGUUACACUUUAUUCUGUAUUUUACUUAAAGUUAAAAGACUUAAAUUUAGGGUCACACUAUAUUGGGUGUAUUUUACUUACAGUUAAGACUUAAGUUUAAGGUCACACUAUAUUGGGUGUAUUUUACUUACAGUUAAGACUUAAGUUUAAGGUCUCACUAUAUUGGGUGUAUUUUUCUUACAGUUAAGACUUAAGUUUAAGGUCACACUAUAUUGGGUGUAUUUUACUUACAGUUAAGACUUAAGUUUAAUGUCACACUAUAUUGGGUGUAUUUUACUUACAGUUAAGACUUAAGUUUAAGGUCACACUAUAUUGGGUGUAUUUUUCUUACAGUUAAGACUUAAGUUUAAGGUCUCACUAUAUUGGGUGUAUUUUACUUACAGUUAAGACUUAAAUUUAGGGUCACACUAUAUUGGGUGUAUUUUUCUUACAGUUAAGACUUAAAUUUAGGGUCUCACUAUAUUGAGUGUAUUUAAGUUUAAGUAAAAAGAAUUUCGUUUCUCAGGUUCUGUUUUAUUCUGUUUGCAAAAUGAGCUCUGUGAUCAUGUAUUAAUGUCCAUUUCAUUUCAUUUUUUGUAUUUGUUUCAUAAUUUACUUUUUGUUUUGUUAUAAGCUUAGAUUUAAGACUUUAGAUUUAUAACCAUAAUGAUUCUAGAUUUAUUGGUUAUCUUGUGAGAAACAUAUUAAAAAAUUGUUUGUUAUGUUAAUUAAGUGUUAUAUUCAUGUAUUCAAUUUUCAUUUGAUAUUAGAUUAUUUUUUCAAAUGCAUUUUCAUGAUAUGUUUUCAACUAAUGUUAGUGUCAUGUUUUUUUUCCUUAUCGUAGAAAAUUUAGCUCAUUUUCAUUGCAGGUUGACUUUGGAUCAAUUUUAAGUAUUUAGCAGAAUAAAAAUCUUUGUAAAUACCAUUAAUUCAUCUUGAUGUUCAAAAUAAUACAUGUAUAUUACAUGUAAUCAUUGAAAUCAUCAAAAAUCAAUCAAUUCCAUUACCGGUGUAAGGUUAAAGGUGUAAGCAUACUUGUUUUUUUUGUAGACUGUCUCACAAUGAUAUAGAUAGUAUAUUGUUCACAUUUAUAGAAACAAUAUUACUUUUUUUAAACUAUAACAUAGUCUAAAUAGAUUAAUUUUGUAAUUUAUGAUGUGUGAUAUCACAGACAUAUAUCUGUGUGAUAUUUAAGUAAAAUUGUUGGAAAAAAAUCAAACCUUUUAUUUUGUGUUCAUAACUUUAUUGAUAAUUAUAGACAUUUUGUUAAUACAUGGAUGGAUGUGUUAAGAAUAGCAUUUUAUAAACGGGUUUUAUAAAACAUGAACAAAAUUUGAUCUCUGAUACUAAACAUUGAUAACAAAAUAUAUAGUGUUCAUUUUCAUUAAAAAAAUUCCUUAAUGCCAUAUAAUCAUUUGCUAAUAAUCAAUCUUUUUUUUGUUGAAAAUAACCAUUUAUCUUUAACUUAUUUUAUUUCAGCUAUUGUUCAAUUUCAUUGUAAAUGAGUUUAACAUUUUUUUGGUAGCUGUAUUAAUGUCAUUAUUAAAAUGUCUAUAUCUCGAUAUUAUGUAAAUGUGAAGCACUCAACAGUGUUUGUUCAGAAAAAGUAUGAAUACAUAUUCUGUAUGCAGCACUCAAUUAUUAUGAAAAUGAAUGAUUUAAGUCUUGCGUAAUUGUAAUUUGCAAUAUAUAUUCUUUUAUAUGAUUUCUUUGUUAUUUAGGAUUUUCAAGUAGUAUGUUGAUCUAUUUUCAACAUACUUUAAACAAAGUGAAUCAAGUAUAACAAAUCUUUGUCUCUGUUUUUGAAUUCCGCUCUUGCAACCACAGAAGCUUUGCAUAGUAUUCCAUAAUGGUUUCAGAACUUUAGUAUCUACUUCCCAUCCAAAAAGAAAUUACCUUUGGUUGUCAGUGAAUGAUAAUGUGUCCAGUCACAUUGACUGUAUUUUAUCACACUGACUUACAUUUAGGCAUUGAUUUUAUAUAAUAUUGUCCUAAAUGAGAUACUGUAGCUUGCUUUUAUUUCUGAUGGUGUAAAGACUACAAUUCAUGAAGACUUAGAGGUUUUUAUAAAAUGGAUUUAAAUUUAUUCCAAAGAAUGUACAUUUUGAAGAAAAGAAAUCCAUAAAUUCCUUGAUUCACUUUGCCUGUUACGGCUUACGAUGCUGACUUCUGAAGCUGCCAUGUUACUUUUUGUUACAGUUGUUUUAAGCAACACUUACAUAUAUUAUUUACAUACUAAAGGCAUUCAUGUCUCGGUGCUUGCUAAAACUUACAGAUUGGCCAUUUAUAAAUAUUACGGCCAAUCAGCAUAUGAAAUAAGAGGCUUAUAAGAGCUUGCAGCUCUGAAUUGACGCAAUGUUAGAAUACUGUAUUAGUAAAAUUUAGAUUUUGAGGUACAUGUACAAUGUUUAUGAAUUUGUGCUUGAUUAAGAUUCAACAUCAUUUUACUCUAUUGCUAAACAAAGCUUUAUCUUUGUCAGCAAACAUGUUACAGUCAAAACCGGCUGGCUCGAUAUCGAUUGGCUCGAUUUCCUCAUUGGCUUAAACUUCAUGUAAAGGACCAUUCGUUUUAACUCUUUGUAGGCAUUCCUGCUUGGCUUGAUAUUCACGAGGCUCGGAGUAUUGUGGUCGGUCCCUGGGAUAUCGAGCCAACCAGUUUUGACUGUAUCUUGAUCAGUAGUUACAUAAAUAAUUUGCUUGAAUAAAAAAUCUAGUAUGUUUUAGAAGUUUACAUUUAUUUGGUGCAUUAAGUAUUGACAUACAGAAGGGGUAUACUGUUAGAAUAAUGCAGAAUUAUGACAUGACUUUAGUUAAAAUAUUUUUCUAUUGUCACAAAAUAUAUUGUUAUUAUAUUAAUAGUAAAAUAUUACCGGUAGUUACUCUUCUUUCUUAAAUUCAUUCUGUAUACAUAAUUAUAUAUAUAAACCAGCGGCCAGUAUACAAAAACUAAGACUUGAAAAUAUUUUCUCUUAAAUCCUUAAAUCCUAUAAUUUAAUUUAACAUUUAUAACAACAUUCCCCGUAGCCAAAAGGUCAUUGCUUAUUCUGUAAUGCAACUGCAGCUUCUCUGUGAAAAAGGCCAAUAUCUGUAGGUUUCAAAUGUUUCUUUAAAAACAGUUUUAAUGUGAUUAUUCUCAUAUGAUUAAUGAGAAAUGGUGUGGAUUGUUCAUUGUGAUUUCUGAGUUAAAAUAGAAACCAUAUUCUUUGUUAUUGUGAUAGAAAUAUUUUGUCAAGGAAUUUAUCAAUGCUUGUUUUGUUAAUCCAAUUAUGUAUUUUACUACACUUAUCUUUUAUUGUCAACAAUCAUGGCAAAACACAUCGUUAAACAUUCUUUCCAUACAUCGUCACCCAAGUGCAAUAAUUGCAUAUAGAAAUAGAAGCAAAAAUCAAGUUAUUUGCAUUAAAGGGACUAGACACCAGAUGGUCCCACAAUCCGCAAAUGCAGGAUUUCCUCAAAACAAGCCUAGAAUUGUUAAUGUGAGCUAGUAGGAGGCCGAUAAUACAUCACUUUGCAUGAUUACGAAAAUAAAUGCAACAAUCAUGUUGCUGUCUCAUCCGUGUUUCCCUGCUUAAAAUAGCACUUAAUGGUUUCCCAGUUUAAAUCAUACCUAUUUAUGAGUGCAUAUAAAUAUACCUACUAUUUCUAAACUUACUGGGAUUUACGUGGAAGACAAAUCCAGUUAAAUUCAAAUUGGUAAAAUGUUCAAAAACUCCAAAAGAUGCACGUUUCUUAAGCAAUGUGAUACAUCACUCAGAAAGAUUCAAUGCGUUGAAUAAGUCAACCAUGUAAAGUUUUUGACAAGUCUCUUUUUUCCUUGCAAAUGUAUCAUCUGGUGUCUGAUUCCUUUAAGGUCAGGACAUGAAACCUUGAAUUCACAUAACUAGCUUUCCAAGGACCGCACAAAUAAAAAGUUAAAUUUAGGCUAUUGAAACAUAAGUGAUCAAUGUUUCAACUUUUUCUGAAGUGACACAUAUCUAUUUAAAUGGUAUAAUUUUGUUUGUACCGGGGGAUUAGCAGGGACAAAUCAGAAUGUUUAUAAUUCCGGGCUCAGCUGUUGUUACAAGUUGAUGUCUAAACAGUACAUAUGGCUGGCUUAGUGCACAAGGGUUGUAACUAAUUUUAGAAAUAGAGGGUGUUACAGCAGCCCUGCACUAAGCCCUUGAGUAUGUUAAAACUUUGGCUAUUUUUUCACGAUGUCUUGUUGAAUUUUCUUUUAUUUAUCAGUAGUGUUCAGAUAUUUGUUUUUCUUUUACACAUGUAAUAAGCAAAAUAAACACUAUUUGGUAUUCAUUCAUAAUAAUUCAUUCAUUCAUUCAUAUUGUACAUAAAUCUUCAUUGUGAAUUUAUAUUGUAAACCUACAGCUGGCCUAUAAAUGAAGAUUUGUUACGGGGUUUCAUUUAAUAUAGGAAUUAGUUGUAAUUCCAGCGAGAAAAAAAAUGAAUAAAACUGAAAAAUAA